CAGAGAAGUGGCGCGAGGACCACAAAGACACUCGCGGCGGGGCACGGGUACGAGCUCCUGCCGGACCUCACGCCCGAGCUCUCGUGGAUCGCCCAGCCCGAGGGCACGCCAGCCGGCGCGCCGACCGUCUGCAUCCACGACUUCACCGGCCUCUUGUGGGGCUUCCGCGCGCUCGCGCCGCUGCUGUCAACCUCGGGCUGCCUCGGCAUCCAUGCGUCGACGCGGCUUCUCGACGGGUGCGCCUGCAUGCAAGAGCUCGCGGCGCAGUACGUGCAGCUGCUGCCAAAGGGCCUGUGGAUGGGCGGGGCGCCGGUGCGGCUGAUUGGCUACUCGCUCGGCUGCCGCGUCGCCUACUGGAUGGCGUGCCUCCUCGAGGCGGAGGGGCGGCCGGUCGAGCUCGUGCUGCUCGACGGGCCGGCGGCCGGCGACGACGGCUACCCGCCGCGGAUGGGCGGGUACGCGUCGGAGGUGGCCGAAGAGAUCCGGCUCAACAUGGGCCUCGCGCCGCCGCCGGACGGGCGCCCCGCCUCGCUCGGGCCGCAGGGCGGCGGCGCCGGCUCGGCGGCGCAGGCCAUGCAGUUUGCGGUGAUGAAGCGCUCCGGCUCGUUCCGGAUGCUCUUCACCCUGCUCGAGGAUGCGGGCGAAGACGCCGCCGCCGCCGCGGUGCGGCUCAUCGAGCUGCCCGACCGCGUGGCGGAGCCGCUCGGCCCGGUGCGAGCGCCGGUCCUCUUUGUGCACACGGAGCAGAUCCGCGAGAACGGCACCGCCGGCGUGCUGCUUGAGCGCGUGCCACACGCGACGGCCGUCAAGGUUCCGGGCGACCACUUCUCCUUCAUCACAAAGAGCGCGACGCAGAUUGCGGAGGCGGUCGCGGGGUGGCCCUCGCCGUCCCCAGCGUAGUCCAUAGUACAGUGUUGUGUGUGUACUACAAUCUACAUGCAGGCCGUGUUGGUUUGGCCAGAUACCGUGAAGUUUGGGGCGGGUUGUUACGAGUACUCGCUAUGAUCUGAGUGUCUU